GAUCGCGUCGGGUCACGUGGGCGCGCAGGCGCAGCGCGGUGCAGCCCGUUCGCUCACACAAAGCCCAGACGCGGAGAAAAUGGCGGCAGGGGUCGAAGCGGCGGCCGAGGUAGCGGCGACGGAGAUCAAAAUGGAGGAAGAGAGUGGCGCGCCCGGCGUGCCGACCGGCAACGGGGCUCCGGGCCCUAAGGGUGAAGGAGAACGACCUGCUCAGAAUGAGAAGAGGAAGGAGAAAAACAUAAAAAGAGGAGGCAAUCGCUUUGAGCCAUAUGCCAAUCCAACUAAAAGAUACAGAGCCUUCAUUACAAACAUACCUUUUGAUGUGAAAUGGCAGUCACUUAAAGACCUGGUUAAAGAAAAAGUUGGUGAGGUAACAUACGUGGAGCUCUUAAUGGACGCUGAAGGAAAGUCAAGGGUAAGUGUCUGAGAGAAUUUCUUCUGUGGAUUUACUACAUGAAAAAUGUAACUGUAUGGUGGCGUGGAAUCGAAUGAAAUCAGGAAGGCAGUGAGUGCUCAUGUUACAGUAGCUAUGUUUGAUUUUGCCAAACAUUUGAGUGGGGUGGGAGGGGAUUUGCAAAUGGGAGUCCCGCUUUUCCAAAUGGCUGGCCAAAGAGCUUUUUGGUAUUCUGUUUGGAUGCCCAAUUUGGAUAACUGGGGACCAAUAGCAGCAUUGUCUCUUUGUUAACAGAGGAAUUGGCUGUGUGUGAAUUAUGCAUGGAAUUUUAGCGGUGGUAUAAUUAAUGUAAAACGUGUGUUCUUGUCUAGAAAAUGUUACUCUUGGUUGUUUGCUGAAUUUGAAAGUUGUGUGAACCAAAGAUUCCGAAAAGUUGCCUUUGUGCCAGUAAAUUGUAAACCAAAUAUUAAAAACCUGAAUGUUCAAAAUUGGCCUAGUUUAAAGAGAACAUAAACUAUUUUCUGUCGUGCAAUAGAAUGGCUUAGAAUAAUCAAAAGGAUGAGCUUAACUUACGGAAGGGAUGGAUUUAGGAGGAAUAUGGUAAGGACUCGAUUGAGUACAGAGGGAAGCAGAUCUAAAGUUGGUGUGAUUUCUUGGAGACCCUGAAUUUAGGUCUGCUUAUUAAACGUCAGCAGCUCUAGUGCAAUGCUGGUAAUGCGUAGGAGAAGGAGAUAUUAAGGAGCCCAGCUUUUAACAAGGAAGGCGAGGCGAGGCACUUCUGUCAGCUUCCCCUUAGAAGGGUUCAUUUUAAAAGACUACCUUUGUGACAUAAAUCAUAUUUUUAGUUUGUUUAUAACUGUCAUUGGUAUUUACUAUUUUUUUCUUUUCUUUUUCCCCUUCCUUGCUCUUCUGACUGGUCUCUGGCUUCCUCCAAAGGGAUGUGCGUAAGUAUCGUCUAGUUACUUAUUGGUAUUUGAACGUUCUAACUUGUAGGACUGGUUUCACUCGACUCGUUUCCUUUUGACUCUAUAGUGUUGUUGAAUUCAAGAUGGAAGAGAGCAUGAAAAAAGCUGCGGAAGUCCUAAACAAGCAUAGUCUGAGUGGAAGACCACUGAAAGUCAAAGAAGAUCCUGAUGGUGAACAUGCCAGGAGAGCAAUGCAAAAGGUGAUGGCUACGACUGGUGGGAUGGGUAUGGGACCAGGUGGCCCAGGAAUGAUUACUAUCCCACCCAGUAUCCUAAAUAAUCCCAACAUCCCAAAUGAGAUUAUCCAUGCAUUACAGGCUGGAAGACUUGGAAGCACAGUAUUUGUAGCAAAUCUGGAUUAUAAAGUUGGCUGGAAGAAACUGAAGGAAGUAUUUAGUAUGGCUGGUGUGGUGGUCCGAGCAGACAUUCUUGAAGAUAAAGAUGGAAAAAGUCGUGGAAUAGGCACUGUUACUUUUGAACAGUCCAUUGAAGCUGUGCAAGCUAUAUCUAUGUUCAAUGGCCAGCUGCUAUUUGAUAGACCAAUGCACGUCAAGAUGGAUGAGAGGGCCUUACCAAAAGGAGAUUUCUUCCCUCCUGAGCGUCCACAACAACUUCCCCAUGGCCUUGGUGGUAUUGGCAUGGGGUUAGGACCAGGAGGGCAACCCAUUGAUGCCAAUCACCUGAAUAAAGGCAUCGGAAUGGGAAACAUAGGUCCUGCAGGAAUGGAGGGGCCCUUCGGUGGUGGUAUGGAAAACAUGGGUCGAUUUGGAUCUGGGAUGAACAUGGGCAGGAUAAAUGAAAUCCUAAGUAAUGCACUGAAGAGAGGAGAGAUCAUUGCAAAGCAGGGAGGAGGUGGAGGUGGAGGAAGCGUCCCUGGGAUCGAGAGGAUGGGUCCUGGCAUUGACCGCCUCGGGGGUGCUGGCAUGGAGCGCAUGGGCGCGGGCCUGGGCCAUGGCAUGGAUCGCGUGGGCUCCGAGAUCGAGCGCAUGGGCCUGGUCAUGGACCGCAUGGGCUCCGUGGAGCGCAUGGGCUCCGGCAUUGAGCGCAUGGGCCCGCUGGGCCUCGACCACAUGGCCUCCAGCAUUGAGCGCAUGGGCCAGACCAUGGAGCGCAUCGGCUCUGGUGUGGAGCGCAUGGGUGCCGGCAUGGGCUUCGGCCUUGAGCGCAUGGCCGCUCCCAUCGACCGUGUGGGCCAGACCAUUGAGCGUAUGGGCUCUGGCGUGGAGCGCAUGGGCCCUGCCAUCGAGCGCAUGGGCCUGAGCAUGGAGCGCAUGGUGCCCGCAGGUAUGGGGGCUGGCCUGGAGCGCAUGGGCCCUGUGAUGGAUCGCAUGGCCACCGGCCUGGAGCGCAUGGGCGCCAACAACCUGGAGCGGAUGGGCCUGGAGCGCAUGGGCGCCAACAGCCUCGAGCGCAUGGGCCUGGAGCGCAUGGGUGCCAACAGCCUCGAGCGCAUGGGCCCCGCCAUGGGCCCGGCCCUGGGCGCUGGCAUUGAGCGCAUGGGCCUGGCCAUGGGUGGCGGUGGCGGUGCCAGCUUUGACCGUGCCAUCGAGAUGGAGCGUGGCAACUUUGGAGGAAGCUUCGCAGGUUCCUUUGGUGGAGCUGGAGGCCAUGCUCCUGGGGUGGCCCGGAAGGCCUGCCAGAUAUUUGUGAGAAAUCUCCCAUUCGAUUUCACAUGGAAGAUGCUAAAGGACAAAUUCAACGAGUGCGGCCACGUGCUGUAUGCCGACAUCAAGAUGGAGAACGGGAAGUCCAAGGGGUGUGGUGUGGUUAAGUUUGAGUCACCAGAGGUGGCCGAGAGAGCCUGCCGGAUGAUGAAUGGCAUGAAGCUGAGUGGCCGAGAGAUUGACGUUCGAAUUGAUAGAAACGCUUAAGCAGUUGCCUUUUUUAAACAUCGAUACGAGACCUCUGAAUUUGUAUUUUUUCUUGUUAACCAUUUUAAUUUGUUGGCUGGAUGUAUAAAGAUGUUUAAAAAAUUCAGUUGCUUUUUGGGGUAAUUUGAAUUACUUUUUUAAUGACUGGGGUUCCAUUUGACUGUUUGCAUUGAGAUUGCAAUGUGCGCAAUUUUUUUUGUAGUUGUGGCAUCUUGUUGACAUCGAAUAUGACUUUGAUAAUAAAUACCGGUUCCUGAAAA